AUAUUGAAGUAAUUGCGUUGUAUCCAAAUGCAACUAGAAUUCUGCAACCAUGCGACGUAGCGUUUUUAGGCCCAUAAAAGUGGGGUGGAAGAAAGCUGUCAAGGAAUUUUACGAGAAAAAUCCAGGACAAGUUCUAAAUAAAAUGACUUUUGCACUAUUAGAAAAAGCUGUAACCGAAGUUGUCAAGCCAGAGACCCUAGAACACGGAUUCAAAGCAUGUGGGUUAUUUCCAUUCAAUCCGAAUGCGAUAGAUUUUUCAAAGUGUCUAGGAAAACUGAACGAACUUAAUAAAGAAGCACAGUCCAAUUUCGUUAUGGAUAACAAAACUUUCAUCAACUUCAUUGGAGAAGAUACUUUAACGAAAUUCCAGACCUAUGAUGCGAUUUUGAUCAAAGAAGGAUUCAAUAAUGAGUUCUCAACACUUCAUCAAAUGUGGAAUUAUUUCGGAAAACCUGAUAUUGAACCUAAAACUGGAUCGAAAGUUUCUGGUAUCGUGAUUGAAGUACCUUUCAUAUCAGNUUACUAG